AUGUUGUUGAAAGCCAAAGUGUAAGGGAGAACUUUUCAAAGACGUCAUGACUCACUGAACGGUGAGAAUAUCACAAAGUGUACAGGCAGCUGUGUUCACAAGACUGUUUUAAACUGACAGUUAACUUUCCGUUUGAAGUGUUAUGACCAGAGAAGAAGGUUACAGAGAAGAAUUUAGCUAUGACAGGAUGCCAACUUUGGAGCGGGGAAAACAGGAAAAUGGAAAUUAUAUACCAGAUACUAAAUCCAGUGACCUUCAGCUAUCAAAGAGGCUGCAUCCUUGCUUUAGUUACAGAACAUGGAUCUUUUCUUUGCUAAUGGGAACUUGCCUCCUUAUUACUUCUGGCUUUUCACUAUAUCUGGGAAAUAUUUUUCCAUCUGAAAUGGACUAUUUACGUUGUGCAGCAGGUUCAUGUAUUCCUUCAGCAGUUGUGAGCUUUGCUAUAGCAAGGAAUAAAAUUAAUGUGAUACCAAAUUUUCAGAUUCUGUUUGUCUCUACAUUUGCUGUUACAACAACUUGUUUAAUUUGGUUUGGAUGCAAACUUGUCCUCAAUCCAUCAGCUAUAAAUAUAAAUUUCAACUUGAUUCUGCUUAUUCUGCUGGAAAUCUUCAUGGCAACUACUGUAAUCAUUUCAGCUAGGUCUACUGAAGACUGCUGUGCAAGAAAGAAAAAUACUGCAUAUGACAGUACCGCUAUUUUGAGCAAUGUCAGCUUUCCUACUCGAAUUCUGAAGUCAUACUCAGUAAUUGAGGUGAUUAUUGGAAUUUCAUCAGUAUUUGGUGGGAUAAUUGCUUUGAAUAUGGAUGUUCUGGUCUCAGGUCCUUAUCUUUCAGUAACAUUCUUUUGGAUCUUAGUUGCUUGCUUUCCAAGUGCUAUUGCAAGUCAUGUAGCUGCUGAAUAUCCAAGUAAAUGUCUGGUUGAGGUCCUGAUUGCCAUUAGCAGUGUUACCUCUCCAUUAUUGUUCACUGCUUCUGCAUACUUAUCCUUCAGUAUCAUGCAAGUGGUUGACAUCUUUAAAAAUUAUCCACCUGCUGUUAAACAAUCUUAUGAUGUACUUCUGUUACUUCUGAUGUUGAUGCUGCUAAUUCAAGCAUGCCUUACUAUUGGAACUGUAAUACAGUGUGUAAAUUACAAGACAAAAAUGAAACUACAUGAUUUAUCAUGGACAGCAUCACAGGUUAAAAAACAGGAAUACAGAACAACAGAGGUUUCCAAUAAUACCUUAAAGGAUUUUGACAAAGACAAAGCCUGGAAAGCAGUUGUGGUACAGAUGGCUCAGUAGUUUGGACUCUGCAAAUUCAGCCAAUACAGUCCAGUCCAGUAAAUCAACUGUUUGAAUUAAAGCUUAAAAAAUUUUCAGUUUAUAAAUGCAAUAUAUUGGCAGCAGUAGGAGCCAAGGAAUAACACAGUAAAUGUGUAUUUAUGUCUUCCUAAUAAUUUUGAAAUAUAUUGGUAAUACUGUUAACACGCCCGUCUUUUCUGAUGGUAACUCUAUUCUAGUGUUGCUUUAGAAGAUAACCUUCAGAAAAAAGUAAUGAGUCAUGGAUUUAUGCUGGCGGCAAAGUAAAAUAUGGCAAGAUGUGAUAGGCUUCAUGUAUUUGCAAGAGGUUGUUAUAACUGCAGUUAUGCAGUCAGUGUAACUGAUAAAUGCUUUUGUAAAGUUAUGAGUACAAGUCAUAAUUGAUAUUUUUGCUUAUACUUCACUUUUGUAGGAGUUGUAAAGUUAUUUUGCAUCUCAUUGCUUUUAUGUAAAUAAAAGUCUUUAUUAUGUGGAAACUCAAGAA